UACAAGAGAAUUAUUUAUGCUGCAGCCGCGCAGUGUUUCAUCUUCACGGCCGGCUGCAGGCUCUACUUCCUCGGCGAUGUUAUCCUUUGCUCGAUCUGGUGCCGGCACCCGUGGGGACGAGGACCAAGGUCAAAACAAACGGCCGAAAAAAGGAAAUAGAAGCUGCAGGAGUGCAACAUCUUCUAGAAGUUCAUCUGAUUUUUGUUAUGAUCGUAGUUCGACUUCCUGCUCCGGAAGUAGACGAACAUCAUCAAGUACGUCCAGUUCUUUGUGGGCGGGAGAGGAAGCCGGACGGCCUGCUUGUGCUUCCGACGAG